AUUUAUUUCAUCAGUAAACAUGCUGAUUCAGUUUAAUAUCUAUUAGCAGAGUUCAGACCCCCUAAGAGGAUGCAGCCCAGAGCAAAACGACAGAAAAGCACUGAAGAAACAAACCAGUCUGAAGAUGACAACCAGACUCUGACACCAGAGUCAGAAAACAACGACUCCCAUGAUGCAUUCUGCUCAGACAAGCCGGAUGAACAUCAGCCUUGUUGUUCCUUGGAAGAGAAAACAAGCCAUAAUGAUAAUGAUGAGCUUGGAAAUGGCACAAAUCCACCUGAGGUCCCUCAUGAGACUGAACAGACUGCGGCGAUCACACUACAAACCCCAGAACUCGACAAAACUGACAAGCACACACUCUCUAGACCUCUGAAUACAGAAGCUAUUGAUCUAGAUCAGCCCAAUGUAGAGCUAGAUGAUGAAGAUCGUGAAAUCACAAGAAAUUCAAAUCAUCAAUCUGAGAAGGUCCCAGAUGACUGUGACUCUGAAUUAACAUCCAAUGAGCAUCAAACCGAGAGAGAGUUGUCACAUGAGGAGUAUACAGACACCGAACCCAAGAUGGAUGAGCAAUUAGGUUCUUCAGUGAUCGUAACGGAGACCUCGUAUGACCAGAUUCAGAUGCCUGAAGAUGCAAGUUCUGCAGAUCCUCUAGUAAAGAGAAAAAUAAGAAAGAGGAUGGGAAUGUGCAGACUUGGAGAUAGGAAGAAGAUGCUCAAGGGACAGCCGACUAGAGGGAAUGUGUUUGAAGGAAGCCAGGAGAACGAGGCGGGGCAAAUCACUAAUGAAGAGUCGGUCAUGACGAGUGACGGUUUGAAAAAGGAUAUCCCGACUUCUGUUGAAGAAGAGGGAGUUACUGAGUCAGAGGUUUCAGUGCCCUCCUUCACAACCUCUUGCGCAUCGGAGGAUAAACCAGUACAGGAGGAACAGGAGCAGCCUGGGAGUGAAGUUCAGAUACUGGCCAAAUGCAUGUCAAGGGAGCCUGUUACUCAUGAAACUGAUAAUGCAAUCCCAUCCCAUGAUGAUGCUGAUGAUCUAAACCCUCUCGAGCAGAAAAAAACUGAAUGCAUGGAGCAAAAUGUGACUGAAAGCAACAUUAGGGAAGAUAGCAACGAGGUCACAACUGAGAUUGGUACUGAAGUGCCUGUGGAUUUAGCUGAUGUUUACAAAGACUCAACUGGUGUUUCAGCUCAAGAAGAGGUUGUGAUAGACGGUUCACUUGAAAUUCCCAAAGAGGCCAAUGAAGCCUCUGCGUCCGCUUCUGAGGUUGCUAACCAAUUUGGAGAAGAACUCGUCGUGGGAGGCGACGAGAUGAAGCAGUGUAGUCCAUGUGAAUGUGACAUGAACGCCUCUACUGGAGACCACAGCAGUGAACAGUGUGUGGAGCUCAUGGAUAUCACAGCCGAUGAGAACAUCAGUGCACCUGUAAACCACGAGACAGAAGAAAAGUGUGAGUCUUCAGACUUUUUUCAGGUCGCCGCCACUGUCACAGCUGAGAACAAGGCAGACUGGGAGAACAACAGCGUGUCGAGUUUGUCUUUACCUGCAGCUCCAUCGGCUGGUGAUAAUGAAGAGGUGCAAUCGUUUACAGAGCAUGUAAGUGUACUGAGUGAUGCUCACGAGCCUCAUCGGAGUCCUGCCGCUGAACCAGAUCCCUCCAGCCCUUCAUCCGUGCACUCGGUGACAGAUUCCCAGCUCAACAACAUCCCUCUGAGUUUGGAGGAUCUCCCCAUCUCUGAAGCCUCCGGUGAUCUGGAAGAUGCCACUGAGCUUGUAUGUGGCCUAAUCAGAGAUAUUGCCUCUCUGAAUCACUUAUUGAUGGACGCACGCAGGCAGAUUGCAUUUGGACAACAAGGAAGAAAACCUUCACUCCACACUCAGAAAAAUAGGCAUCAUAACAGAUUCUGAACAUAUGUUACUGCAUCAUAUGAGGGACAGAAAAAAAAAUGUAGACGAAAGAACAGACACAGAAUAAUUUGCACUGAUGAGUUCAGAUAGCAUCCACUGGUUUACAACUGUUCAGCUACACUUGUUUGAGUAAAAGGCACAUUCAUAGAGUUGCUCUGUUUCAGUGAGCCAAAGUUAACACUUUUCCAAGGAAGUUCAAGCAAAGUAGUAAACCUUGUAAUUCUGUCAAUCACAGGGUGUGACCCCCAAGACUGAAGAGUCGUAACCUUAAAGUUCCAGUCAUAAAUCAGUCCAAAUUCCUGUUCAAAACACAUUCUGCAUUAAUAAAGGGAAUCUUUCUGGUUA